AUGGAUCGCGCUGUAGAAAGGACCCCGCCUUGGGUUCAGAUAUACCAGGACGUUGGCGACAUCGACGCGUGGACGAAUUGUGGGAGUGAAACGAGUAUCGUGGAGAAAGAGAAAAGCGCCAACUUCAUCAUCUUCGUAAGGAGCGACAUCGAUGACCAGGACAAAUCCUUCAAGCUCCGAUUCCAAGAAGAAUUCCGGCCAGUGCUAGACGCCGAUAUCAACGGGUCGUUCGACUGCCAUUAUGGAUGCUCACAAUCCCGAGUAUGGCCAGAAGUAUCUUGGUCAUGUUUCAAAGUGAAAGAAGUCAAAACAGCCGCAGACUAUAGCUGGAAACAGCCAACCAUCCACGUCCAGUGGAAUGCAGAAACCGGCAGGCAAAUUAUCCACAUCUUUGGUUUCAAACCAGACCAACAGGACGUCUUCAUGAAUAAACUCCCGACGGCGGCCGAGCGCAGGUGUAAUCCGUUCUCCUUGCACGCUGCGUUCGCCCGGAUAAUCCUCGAACAGUAUAACGAUGCGUUUUGGUUGUUGAGAGACCUGGUGCGGAACCACGAAAAGGCACGAUCAAAAGAGAAGAAAGAGAAAAGGAAGAAAACCAAGGCCGAAAAAGAGCAUGAAAGGAAGAUGUUCCCCCUUCUGCACGACAUCGCACGCCACCUCUUCCACUACCAGGAAACGAUCGAAGUCGCCGAGCAUACACUGCAAGUGAUGGCCAAGGAACUGAUCCACUGGCGGCACGAAGACGAAGGCAACAUCCGCGCCAACAUCGGGACCUGGUUGGAUGCACGUCGACGGAUCAUGCACGAGGAAAAGAGGGCACACUCACUCAAGACGCGAUCGAAGUCUCUGAACGAUAGGCACCAGAACGAGAUCAACCUGGCAUUCAACCUGGUAUCGCAAGACUUCGGACGAGACGCGCGAUCCGACAGCAACAUGAUGACGACGGUCGCGUUUGUGAGUAUGGUGUAUCUGCCUGGGACGUUUGUGUCUGGCCUGUUCGGAACCAACUUCUUCAGCUUCCAGGCCGACCCCGGUAAUACUUGGCUCACGGCCGAUGAGUUCUGGAUGUACUGGGCUGUUACGAUCCCCCUGACACUGCUGACUCUGGGGAUUUGGGGAGUUUGGCACUGGUGGGAUACGUAUGUUGGCUGGGCGCAGAAGAUGCGCCAAAAGAGGGCGGAAAGCACCAAGUCGGACGAUCACGAUGCGACGGCCGACAUUAAAAUGGAAAAUUUCAGCUUGCGACAGCGUAUACUUACAGCCACGAGGUUGAACGAGAUUCAGCGGAAAGAGACGGUGUGA